AUGGUCACAAGAGAGCACCUGUGUCCCUCCAGGUUAUGCAGCCUGACUCUGAAGAAGCUGGUGGUCUUCAAGGAGCUGGAGAAGGAGCUCAUCUCUGUGGUGAUUGCAGUCAAGAUGCAGGGCUCCAAACGGGUGCUGCGCUCCCAUGAGAUUGUGCUGCCCCCCAGUGGACAAGUGGAGACCGACCUGGCGCUCACCUUCUCGCUGCAGUACCCCCACUUCCUGAAAAGAGAAGGCAACAAGCUGCAGAUCAUGUUGCAGCGCAGAAAGCGGUACAAGAACCGGACGAUCCUUGGCUAUAAGACGCUGGCUGCAGGCACCAUCAACAUGGCCGAGGUGAUGCAGCACCCAUCGGAGGGCGGCCAGGUGCUCAACCUUUGCAGCAACAUCAAGGAGGCCACUGUCAAGGUCGCUGAGAUCUGGAUCUUCUCCCUGUCCAGCCAGCCCAUUGACCAUGAGGAUGGCAUCAUGCAGGCUGGCCCCAAGACCAAGUCCACAGACAACUACUCUGAGGAAGAAUACGAGAGCUUCUCCUCCGAGCAGGAGGCCAGUGAUGAUGCCGUCCAGGGACAGGACCUGGACGAGGAUGACUUCGAUGUGGGGAAACCCAAGAAGCAAAGGCGAUCGAUACAACAGAACUUCAAGCAGAAGGUGGUGGCCCUGCUGCGAAGGUUUAAAGUGUCAGAGGAGGUGCUAGACUCGGAGCAGGACCCGACUGAGCAUGUCCCAGAGGUGGAAGAGGACCUGGACCUCUUGUACGACACCCUGGACAUAGAGAACCCCAGCGACAGUGGUCCUGACAUGGAAGAUGAUGACAGCGUCCUGAGCACCCCCAAGCCCAAGCUCAGGCCGUACUUUGAAGGCUUAUCCCACUCCAGCUCACAGACAGAGAUCGGCAGCAUCCACAGUGCUCGGAGCCAGAGGGGGCCGCCCAGCCCCGCCGAGGCACCAGAGAAAAUGCGGCCUCUGACUGGCCGGCAGUUGAGUGAGCCCAUCCCUGACCCAGCAGCCCACGGCACCCCAGUGCGAGAACAGCCCGGCCCACCCCAGGACAGCCCUGAAGCUGAAGUCUCCACCUUGGAUGUGUUCACUGAGCGGCUGCCGCCAAGCGGGAAGAUCACCAAGACAGAGUCUCUCAUCAUCCCAUCUACCAGGUCUGAGGGGAAGCAGGCGGGUCGCAGAGGCCGGAGCACAUCCCUGAAGGAGCGGCAGCCAGCACGGCCACAAAGUGAGCGGGCCAACAGCCUGGACAGUGAGCGCUGCCCAGACACCCGGAGCCAGCUACAGAUCCCCAGGAAGACCGUGUAUGACCAGCUCAACCACAUUCUGAUCUCUGAUGACCGGCUGCCGGAGAACAUCAUCCUCGUCAACACCUCGGACUGGCAGGGCCAGUUUCUCUCAGAUGUGCUGCAGCGACACACGCUGCCCGUGGUCUGCACCUGCUCCUCCGCGGACGUCCAGGCCGCCUUCAGUACCAUCGUCUCUCGGAUACAAAGAUACUGCAACUGCAAUUCCCAGCCCCCGACACCAGUCAAGAUCGCAGUGGCAGGCGCCCAGCAUUACCUCAGUGCUGUCCUGCGGCUGUUUGUGGAGCAGCUGUCCCACAAGACCCCCGACUGGCUUGGCUACAUGCGUUUUCUCAUCAUUCCCCUGGGCUCCCACCCCGUGGCCCGGUACCUGGGCUCAGUGGAUUACCGCUACAACAACUUCUUCCAGGACCUGGCCUGGAGAGACCUGUUCAACAAGCUGGAGGUCCAGGGUGCAGUGCAGGAAACCCCAGACAUCGUGUCCCGAAUCACUCAGUACAUUGCAGGGGCCAACUGUGCCCACCAGCUGCCCAUUGCGGAGGCCAUGCUGACCUACAAGCAGAAGAGCCCUGAUGAGGAGUCCUCCCAAAAGUUCAUCCCCUUCGUCGGGGUUGUGAAGGUUGGCAUAGUGGAACCAUCCUCUGCUACGUCAGGUGACUCAGACGACGCAGCCCCGUCCAGUGCCAGCCUGCUCUCCUCCACGCCACCGUCCAUGUCUCCUGUUGCCAAGGAGGCCUCGCCCACCCCACCCUCAUCCCCAUCCGUGAGCAGCAGUCUGUCUUCGCCAAGCCAGGGUAUCGGGGCCGAGCUGAUGGGGCUGCAGGUGGACUACUGGACAAGCACGCAGUCUGCAGACAAGAAAAGAGACACGGACAAGAAGGACCUGCCAGCCGCCAAAAACACGCUCAAGUGCACUUUCCGGUCCCUCCAGGUCAGCAGGCUCCCCAGUGGCAGCGAGGCCACGGCCACGCCCACCAUGUCCAUGACCGUAGUCACCAAGGAGAAGAACAAGAAGGUGAUGUUCUUACCCAAGAAAACCAAGGACAAGGAUGUGGAGUCCAAAAGCCAGUGCAUCGAGGGCAUCAGCCGCCUCAUCUGCACCGCCAAACACCAGCAGAACAUGCUGCGGGUUCUCAUCGAUGGGGUAGAGUGGAACGAUGUCAAGUUCUUCCAGCUGGCCGCCCAGUGGUCAUCCCAUGUGAAGCACUUCCCUAUCUGCAUAUUUGGACACUCCAAGCCGGCCUUCUAG